CAGCUACUCAAGCUGGUUUUCUCUAUGGCCUUUUCCGUCUAUUGACGCACCCCAAAUUUACUCUGCCGCCUUGUCUUCCACUCUCAAAGGACAAAGUUUCCUUAAGCGGCUCGAGAUAUCUUAUAUUUAAACCCAACUUCGACGUCCACAACGAGAUCGAGGAUGACGCUUAUAUCCAUAUUUUGUCUCUAUUUAGUCAAUUUUUAUCGCUUCCUUUCUCAAUCAUUUCCUCCUGCCCCAAAAUGGGCUGCGGACCAAAUUCCUGACCUUUCUGGACGCGUUAUUAUCGUGACGGGUGGGAAUACGGGAAUUGGUAAAGAAACUAUCAGGGCGCUUCUUAAGCGAAAUGCAAAGGUAUACAUCGCUGCUAGGAGCGAAAAGAAGGCCCAAAGCGCAAUACGAGAGCUCUUGAAAGACACAGGGAAGGAAGCCCUCUUCCUCAAGUUGGACCUUGCAAGCCUCAAGAGCGUAAGAGAAGCCGCUUCAGAAUUCAAGAGCAAAGAACUUGAACUGCACAUUCUCUUCAACAAUGCCGGAGUUAUGUGGCCCCCACUGCACCAAGCCAGCGCCGACGGCUACGACCUCCAAUUCGCUACGAACGUCAUGGGCCACUUUCUCCUCACGUAUCUCCUCCUCGGACAUCUCAAGACCGGAGCCAAAUCCCUCCCCGAGAAAAAAUCCCGCAUCAUCAAUACCUCAUCCGGUGCAAGCUACCUCACCCAUCGUAUCGAUUGGGACAGCUUAGUAGAUGGUCCCAAACGACAAUCUUGGUGGUCUUCAACAGAGGCUUUGUACCACCAGAGCAAAUUCGCAAACGUCGUACUCUCAAACGAACUCGGAAGGCGGUAUGGGGACGACGGGAUCGUCUCGAUUUCACUAAACCCAGGAAACAUCAACAGCGAACUCCUCCGACACAAACCCCUUGUCCAGCACCUCAGUCGGUACUUCUUAUACUCAACGACAUACGGGGCCUUGACGCAGCUCUGGGCGGGGACUGCGCCAGAGGCGGCGGCAUGCAAUGGCAUGUUUUUGGCGCCGUGGGCGAGAAUCGCACGUCCGAAUCCAUGCACCGAUGACCCUGCCGUAGCGAAGAAGCUGUGGGGCUGGCUGGAGGAGCAUGCACUGUAGCCUUCUCACGUGGUGUGCAGAGUUCCCUUGAAUAUCGCCACUAAAGGGAACCCUGCUAUUUUCAUAGCUUGUCGGAUUUUCGUUUCCAGGAUAAACGUUAACGCAGCGUUAGAGUCCCAGAUGACCUACGUGCGUACUGUAUACUAUGCUGGCGCCCAACAUUUGCCCGGGAAAACAUCAGUGCGGCUAUUUCUAAAGUGAGAAUAGAGAGCAUGGAUAUAUAACUAUGCCAAAG